UUGACACUUAGGAUAAGAUCUGACCGGUGUCAGUAUUUAACCUGAAAAAGCUUACAAAUGGUUACAUUUGCUUACAAAUGGUUACCAAUCAUUCUAUACAUGCAUUAAAACAGAAUUGUGCAUACUGCAAACCAAUUCAAAUCAUGCUAAGAGAUCAUCGUGUGUUUAUUGACAAUAGACAGAGAGCUUUAAUUUGUUGUUAUAUGCAUGGGGGAGUGUAGGAAAUUGCGUCAGGUUUAUUGACACUCCCUGUCUGUGCAGAAAGAUAAAGGAAAGCAGCUUUGUGAUCAAUUCUGAACCGCUCGUCAUCUCUGUGGUUACUGCACAGUGAGUCACGGCUUCAAUAAAUGGAUAGUAGACAGGAUUUUUUUGCUUAUGAUAUCCCUUCUAUUGAUAUUGACUACAUGUAGUUCAGAACAACUAUGAAAAUCAAAGAUGUUUUCAUCUGAAGAGCCCAACUCAAUAUUGUCAGUCAAACCCCUAUUCAAUCAAAUGUUGAGGGUUACUGUGGGCAGAUAGAACAACAUUGCAUGCGUGCACAUUGAAAAUGUUGGGUUCGUAUGCUCUUUAAAAUCUCCAUUACAUUUUUAUUCAACCUUAUUUAACCAGGCAAGUCCAUUAAGAACCCAUUCCUAUUUAUAAUGACGGCCCUGUUAUUUUACAUUUUUAGGAACCUUUAAAAAAAUGUUUUUGUCCCUCUCCCUCCUCAUCCUGUGUAGGAGUUUGCUGACAGUCUCCAGAACAGUGGAGUUCACGGGGCUGUAAUGGUGCUAGACCCCUCCUUCAACACAGACUCCAUGGCAACGGCAUUGGGUAUACCCGGCAACAAGCACAUGAUUCGCCGCCACCUCACCGAGGAGAUGAAGGUCCUUAUCAGUUCAGCCAGGUCAGGAGGUCUACAGCAAAACCAUGACAGGCUGGGGACAAUGAGCACCCCGCCAACGCCUCUACGCCACGCCUCCCCACCCACACCCUUGCGGCACGCCUCCCUGGGCCGGCCCACCAGCUCCACCAACCGCCACACACACCCGGACGACGAAGGCUCCCUCAGGAGACGGGCCGUCAAGCCUCCUUUAGGGUUCAGUCCCAAAGCCCACAGUGGGCGGGACUUGAGUUGUCAUAGCAGCUACGGCUCGCUGCCGAGAGAGGCUUGUGACGAAGCUCCGCCCAGGACAGAGGGGAGUCCAAUCCACAAACACUCGGGCAUCGAGGUCACCAAUGUGUGAGGUCAUUGACGUGUGAGGUCAUCGACAUGUGACAUCUGUGCCUACAGUACGGCACAAGACAACAAUGCUUUGUGGGAUGCCAGACGAGUGAUGUUUACUGUACUUUUUGAAUGAUGUAGCCUUUGUUGGUCUGAAUACACUAUUUUCGAGAGAGAAGGAAUCUUUUUUCCAUUUAUAGUCUAAGAACAACUCUUUACAUCUCUCACUGGUAUUUGUCGAAUAAUCUGACCUUUGUGAGGACACACGUCUAUCCCAUGGAAACAAACUUAAACUGAAUAGGCUUUUAUUUUUGUAUUUGCAUUAUGUGCAAAGGUUUUUUAAACAGGAAAUGGCUCAGCAAUUAGUUGGUGUUUAGUAGUUCUUAUUGAGGACGGGCCUGUUUCUCAAAAGGAAGAGCUGAUGAGGAAAUAUGGUCAUGUGUUUGUGUACAGGGUACUUUCCUGAUUCAUUGCAAAUUAACAAAAGAAAACUAUUCAAGUGAGAUUUAUCGCAAAUGUCUUUUUGAUGUUUAAUUCAAACAUGGUGUUACAGAAACUGUCUCAGAUGCCUUGCGAACUGAGACUAUGGACAUUGUCUCAGAUGCCUUGCGAACUGGGACUAUGGACAUUGUCUCAGAUGCCUUGCGAACUGGGACUAUGGACAUUGUCUCAGAUGCCUUGCGAACUGGGACUAUGGACAUUGUCUCAGAUGCCUUGCGAACUGGGACUAUGGACAUUGUCUCAGAUGCCUUGCGAACUGGGACUAUGGACAUUGUCUCAGAUGCCUUGCGAACUGGGACUAUGGACAUUGUCUCAGAUGCCUUGCGAACUGGGACUAUGGACAUUGUCUCAGAUGCCUUGCGAACUGGGACUAUGGACAUUGUCUCAGAUGCCUUGCGAACUGGGACUAUGGACAUUGUCUCAGAUGCCUUGCGAACUGGGACUAUGGACAUUGUCUCAGAUGCCUUGCGAACUGGGACUAUGGACAUUGUCUCAGAUGCCUUGCGAACUGGGACUAUGGACAUUGUCUCAGAUGCCUUGCGAACUGGGACUAUGGACAUUGUCUCAGAUGCCUUGCGAACUGGGACUAUGGACAUUGUCUAAGAUGAAAACUUAAACUUGAAGUUGUAUUAACUGUAUGUUUGAUAGUCUUUUUUCAGUUUGUUAAUAUACACUGUUGUGUCUAAACUAAAAUGAACACUCCCUCGUGACAUUUGAUACAUUCAAUAAAACCAUUAACAUGG